UAUCGUAAGUUUGUGAAUUACAAGUGUAUGAAAUAAUAAAUUAAAAUAAUAAUUUGAAGUUUUUCUUUAGAAAAAAAUGAUUAAUAUUGUUACAAUUUUAACUUCCAUCUUAGUUAUAAUUGUUUUUGUAACAAAGUUCUUAAAAAAAUCGAAACAAAACAAUGACUUUUAUAAAAAUAUUCGGGGUCCUCGUGGAUUACCAAUUUUAGGAAGUGCUUUAGAUUUUAAAACUACAAAAGAUGUGCUCCAAAAUCUGAUUAAUUACACUAGAGAUUAUGGCGACAUUCUAAGAGCACAAAUCGGCCCUUUUCAUAGAUAUAUUCUAGUAUCCAAUUACGACUUUUUAGAGUGUAUUUUAAGUAGCUCAAAAUUGAUUCGUAAAUCGCAUAAUUACAAAUUUCUUCAUUCUUGGUUGGGUACCGGUUUGCUGACAAGUGAUGGAGCGAAAUGGAAAACUCAUAGACGCAUUUUAACCCCAGCUUUUCAUUUCCAAAUUUUAGAACAAUUUAUUGAAGUUUUUGAAAAAUGUGGAAACACACUUCUUGAUAAAUUACAAAAUGAAGUCAAUAGGGAAAGUUGUGAUAUUUAUCCUUACGUUACAAUGUGCACCCUUGACAUAAUUUGCGAAAGUAUAAUGGGAAUACGUAUAAAUGCACAAGAGGAUAGCACCUCGGAUUAUGUCCAAAGUGUGAAAAAUAUGUGUCGGAUUGUGGUCGAAAGAUCCAUUUCUCCUCUUCAGAUGUGUCCUUUUAUAUAUCCUUUAACGAAAAAUUACUGGACUGAAAAAAAAUCCUUAAAAAUUUUACAUAAACAAACCAAUGAUGUGAUUAAUGCCAGACGAAAAGAAUUGGAGAGUUCGAAAGAAAAUUCUAGUAAUGAAGAAGAGAACUUUACAAAAAAGAAAAAACCAUUUCUAGAUUUGUUAUUAGAAACAAAAAUUGAUAAUAGAAUGUUGACACAGGAAGAGAUAAGAGAAGAAGUAGAUACUUUUAUGUUUGAGGGUCAUGACACUACAGCUUCUGCAAUCAGCUUUACAUUAUUCUGUUUAGCCAACAGUUCAGAAAGUCAGAAAAAGACGUUUGAGGAGCAACAAGCUAUUUUUGGUAACACUCAAAAUGUCACUGCUUCAUAUGCAGAUUUACAAAAUAUGAAAUAUCUGGAACAAGUCAUAAAAGAGGCUUUACGUUUAUACCCAUCGGUGCCAUUUUAUGGUAGAGAAAUUACCGAAAAUGUUGAAUAUGAUGGCAAGUUAUUACCAAAAGGAGACAUUUUAUUAAUUUUUGCUUUUGGAAUACAUCGGAACAAAAAAUAUUUUAAAAAUCCGGAAAAUUUUGAUCCUGAUAGAUUUAACAAUAUGGAACAUAACUCACCCUAUGCUUAUAUACCUUUCAGUGCAGGACCGAGAAACUGCAUUGGCCAAAAAUUUGCAAUGCUGGAAAUGAAAAGUACUGUUUCAAAAAUAAUCAGACAAUAUAAAUUGUUGCCCACAACACCACAACAUGAAUUGGAAUUAGUGGGCGAAACGAUUUUAAAAUCGACUAAUGGAAUCAAAAUACGUCUAAGGCUGAGAUGAAAUAUUGUUUAAAAAUUAAAAUUUAUUGUAUCGUGAAAUAAAUAAAAGUCUCAAUAAAUCGCCUUAAAGUAAAAAAAA